GCCAUUCAUGGUGGCACCCCGCUAGUGAAGUGCCUGAGUGCUAAAGUCCCGUCCCCCAAAGGUGGCAUACGGCGCUCUCUGCUCGGGCUGACAGCCUCACGGCCCCCAGGUCUGCCCACUGUCCCGUCAGUCGUCAGUCGUCAGUGGAGGGUCCCGUAACUAGGUACCUACCUAGCUACCAAAGUUGGUAGGUGUCGCAAGCUAAUUAACCAGGACCUCCUCCUCGUCCUCCUCCUGUCCGUCACCGUCGCCUACUUUCUCUUCUUACAUAACUCUCGUUAUCCCAGAGGCUUCACCCUCUCAGACUUACUGUAACACUCUUUGUGCGAGACUGAAUUGCCGUGCGAAUACAUAUCUUCUCGUCCUAUCAGCCAAAGACAGACUCGAUCUUGUCUUCGUUUCCCCUCCAUCUUACCAUCUCCAAAACCCAAACGGGUCGCUUUCUACCCCGCCAAAACGGCCGCCAUGAGUUUCGCCGGCAUGCUGAACAGGCUUCAUGGCCAACCCGAGAGCUACGAUAAGAAAGCUAAGUACAGGUUUGGUCGAACACUCGGUGCUGGAACAUAUGGAGUCGUCCGGGAGGCUGAUGGCCCAACUGGCAAGGUUGCCGUCAAGAUAAUUCUCAAACGAAAUGUGAAGGGAAACGAACAGAUGGUCUACGACGAGCUUGAGAUGCUUCAGAAACUCAAGCAUCCUCACAUUGUCAAGUUUGUUGACUGGUUCGAGUCGAGAGACAAGUUUUAUAUCGUGACACAGCUUGCUACCGGCGGUGAGCUCUUUGACCGCAUUUGCGAGCAGGGCAAGUUCACCGAGAAGGAUGCCGCUGAAACUAUUAAGCAAAUCCUACUUGCUGUCGAUUUCCUUCACAAGAACAACAUUGUUCACAGAGAUCUCAAGCCCGAGAACCUCCUUUACCUAAGCAAAGAUCCCGAUUCCGACCUCGUAUUGGCCGAUUUCGGUAUUGCCAAGAUGCUCGACGGAAAGGGCGAGUCUCUCAAGACCAUGGCUGGCUCUUUCGGUUAUGCUGCCCCCGAGGUGAUGCGCAAGGAAGGUCAUGGAAAGCCUGUGGAUAUGUGGUCCAUGGGUGUCAUCACUUACACUUUGCUCUGUGGUUACUCACCUUUCCGCAGUGAGAACCUUCAGGACCUUAUCCGGGAGUGCACUGAGAACUCGGUUGUCUUCCACGAGCGAUACUGGAAGGACGUCAGCAACGAUGCAAAAGACUUCAUCUUGCAUCUGAUCAACCCAGAUGCUGAUCAGCGUUGGACCAGUGAGGAAGCUUUGGGUCAUAUCUGGCUCACUGGAGAGAACGCUACCGACUACAACUUGUUGCCCGAGAUCAAGUCUUUCCGCGCCAGAAGCCGAUUCAGGCGCAUCAUCGAGAAGAUCAAGCUCCAGGCACGUAUCGAGAAGCUCAAGGCUAUGGAGGAGGACCCGGAGAACUCGGAUCUUUCAGCUAUCUUCUCCGAGGUCGCCAGAGCAAAGCUCGCCGAUGACAAGGAGGAGAAAGAAGUUCUCCGUGUCACUCAAGAGGUCGAAAAGGAUGCCAAGCGUCGAAGUUUCCAGGCUUAACCAAAUAUAUUGAGAAUCCCAAUCAAUUGCAGAAAUUUCCACACAUAUUGGACUGCAUCACGGUUGGCGACCUUGGCACAUCGCUGAUAUGGAUGGCAGCCUGAGUCCUCACAAGAUGCACAAAGAAAGGGCAAUAACACGGAUGGAAAAGACGGGUUGGACUUGGUCGCAAAGAGUGAUGCGACUCCUUGGGUUGAAAGCGUUGUUAUUUUGUUUCGGAAAUAUUCUUUGGGAUUAAAAAAGGUGGGAAUUGAAUGCCGCCGAUAAGUUAUAACCCAAAUGAGUUCCAUGUUUUUCACUCAGAUCAUAGUGCAGAGUAAAUAAAUGCUCUAUAUUCGGUAGCCUCCCAGUGGACCAACAAUCUUGUGUGAUCUUCCCCUGACUUUUCCGUCAUAAUAAGCUAAAAAGAUCCAGUCUUUGGUGUGCUAAUACAAAUAACCGUCGUUAUUCGAUCCCGAGCCACGCGUCAAGCGUAUCAUCUCUCCUCGUGAUAUCAUUCAAUCUCAUAAGCAUACAAUACAUGAUGAAAGGAGCAACCAUCCGCCUUCAUUCUCAUAAACAUUGGUUCGACAAAUGUAACCGAUUAGCGACUGAAAUAGGUAGAGUUUAGUUGUUCAUAUCUGCCGAAGCACUCUCGCGAAGUUCGGCAUACCGACGCGCAUCGAAUCGCUUGCGUUCCCAGCCUUGAGCACGGAGUCGCUCUAUCCGUGCCUGUAGCUCCGGUGAGCGCGUCUUGUCGGCUUUCGGCGUAGUGGACGCAGAGGCGACCGUCUUCACGGUGACAGGCAACGGAGGUAUGUCUUCAUACGGGGGGGUAGUGUGCUGUUGGCCGAGCUCUGACUCGAUGAAGUUGAUGUGUCGAAAGACUUGGCGCUGCAGGCUUGUUAAGAGGGCACUGUAGCGGUGGACAGAGCGAGCAUGGCGGAAGGGGUCAAGCUCUGCGUCUGUAGAAGGGGAGACCUCAUUUUGUGCUGAACGUGGAGUGAGGAUUGACCGAGGCGCUUGAGUCAAUGACCGCAGAGGUGCUGGUACAGGAAAUGAAUCUCCCCCAUAACUUUCUGGGGAUGUUGAACGAGCAGGUCCUAAAAAGCUGCCUAGGCCAAGCGUUGGUGAGUCCGGACGUUCGAGAAGCUCCACGGGCACAUCGCUGAAAGUCACUCGCUUCUUCUUACGCUUAGAAGUGGGCACGCUUUGUAUCGAUGAGAUAGAUGAUGCCGGAGAUACACUGUGAGAAGAGGUCCAUGUUGACGAUACAUAGGAGCUCACAGAGCUAUCGGCAGAGUGGAGGCUUGGCAAUGUUGUAGUAGUGCCAGACGGUCUUCUCAGUAGAGCUGGACCAACGGUUGAGUCUGCAGCAUUGAUGAGUGUUGAGGCACGCUGAUAAUGGUCCCGAGCCUGGUGAGGGAGUGUGGUUCGUGCUGGGGCGGCUUGAUGAAGUGCACGAGCAAGCAUCUCUUGUGAGUUGGCUGCGUAAAAGUGAAGAUAAAUCAGAUAUGCUGGCUCAACAAUGCUCUGGUUCUCAUUAGAAUUGUUUUGCCAUUGUUGAUAAAGGAUAACUCACGAAAUCUUUGAGAUUGUCCAGGAUUUCACUGCAGCGGGUCGCACAGGGACGAUAACGACGGUUAAGAUAUUCUCUCUUGACAUCCGAAAUCACCUUCGCCCACUCUGUGGAAGUGUAAGGCAGAACGUGCAGAGUCUCCGACAGAGCCUGGGGAAGCCAUUCCGGUGAGUUAAUCUCUGUGACUGAAGCACGGCAUGUCUCCAUCCGUGGCGACAUGGAUAGUGAUGAGGUUCGUGAAGGCCAAGGCGACGAAGUGGCUGUAUGAAUUGGUUGAGGCAGCAAAGCAGCCAUGGCGGCAAGUGAUAUUCUUCAGUCAAGGUAGCCCGAAGGCUCGUGUCUGGGGUUAUGGUCGUGGCCUAGAGGCAGAAUGGAUGGGGGGCGGUUCUGGGGGCGUUACAAUAUAAGAGUCCGG